AUGGCUAACAAUGGCGCUUCUAGUUCCACUCUUCCGGCCGAUGAUUUAACCGCCUUGAGAGAGAGGCUUUCACAACUUGCUAGAGAGUUGCGACUAGUAGACUUAAGGCGGGGAAUUAAAGCAGCCAAAGAGGAUAUUAAGACGGAAAAGACUCUUCUUGAGGAGAUAAACCAAUGGUUAGAGCGUGGGAUGGGUUUGCACGCGAAAAUUCACCGAGGGGUGGUUGUUCAACAGAGGGUAGAAGGGGUUGAUCAAAAUGUAGAACUUCAGUUAGAUGGGGGUGAUGAAAAUGUUGGGGCGAAAUUGAGGAAGAAGGAACAAUCAGAUGCCGAAUCCGAUGAUGAUGGUCAGGGUGGUGUGAAUGACUUUGAUGAUGAUGAUGACGGCGGCGCAGUAACCGAAGAUAGCACUGGUUCCGAUGAUGAUGACGGCGGUGAUGGUAUGGAUUACAAUUACGACGAUGCUAAACUCGGAUGCAUACUGCCGCAUUCCUAG